AUGCGGAAGCACGAUACGCGAGGGGAAGGGUGUACGACGGUCUGGAUGGGCGGUGGGCUCGUUCCAGAAAAGGGUCGCAGCGACGUCGAUUGGGUGCCCCGCGCGGCUCCUCAGUCCCAGCCAGAUCUCCAUUUCGACCGGGAAGGCGUUCUUCCCUCUGCUCCUAUCGUCGACUGCCUCCCCACUCUGCGCACGUUACUCGCUACCUUCCCAGACCCUCGAGAACCUCUCCCCGCCCAACUUUCCAUGUCUCCAGAGCACGUUUCCGCUCACCGCCUCGAGUCUGACGGGAGGAAGUUCGGGGCCCACCCCCGAAGCCACGAAGCCACCCCGAAUAACAGCCGCGGCGCAGCUAUGCUUCAACUGACACCCAGCUCGGCCAGACUGGAUCCAAAAUAA